UUGGUCGGGUCAAGAUAACUGCACGACUUCUGUCCACACUUUGUUUAUUCCUGCUGGUGGAGAAGUACAUUCAGUCAUCUACUGACACAGACUGAGCUCAAGAAUGAAGCUCCUGCUCGGUUUGUCUGUUCUGGUGGUGACACUGGGAGUCCUCUAUUCAUCCCCAGAGGAACAACAACCAGGAAUCCCAGAGGACACCUUAAAAGAGUUGUCUAUGAGUGGUGAGAAACUCGUGGAUGAGGAGGUGAGAAGAGCUCUGUUCGGGGUGAAGCAGAUGAAGGAGGUGAUGUGGAGGAACGAGCAGAAGCACGAACACCUCAUGAAGUCCCUGAAAAACAGCAGUGACAAGAAGAAGGGGGCUGCCCAACUGGCUAAGGAGGUGACUGAGAAGCUGGAGGAGGCAGAGGAGCAGUGUAAAGACUCCCUGCAGGCUGAGUGGGAGGAGUGCAGACCCUGUCUGGAGGAUGCAUGUAAAACCUUCUACACUUCCACCUGUCGCAGGGGAUUUGCCACUUUCCAUACCAAGGUGGAGAACUUAUUCCGCAGAGUGUCCGGACGCUUUGGCCUCCGUGAGCCUCGAACUGAUGCAGGGGACAUCCUGGUGAAUCAGGGCCCUGACGAGAGCGACACUGAAGUUGCCCGCAUCGAGGAUUCCUUCAACCGCCUGAUCAGCAAGGUUGGCAUGCUGGUGGGCCGCAGUGUCACCCUGGUCUCCAGGAUGCGCACCAGGCUUGACAAAGUGCUCCAGACGGCCUUCUUGAACGACACCGACACUGUGGAUGAAGAGAGCACGGCUGAUCCCUACCACCCCAGCAGGGACUCAGGCUUCCUUCAGGGUGUGGGAUUGGAGGAGGUGAUGGACUCCUUCUUUGACUUCGGGAAGAGUGUGGUGGACGAGUUUGGAGCUGUGGUGUCCUCUGUGUUUGAUGACAUCCAUGGGGCAGUGGAGGAAAAGGCAAAGAACGUGAGGGAAAAUUUCCCCCGUUUCCUGCAGAACAGGAGGUUGUGCCGAAACCUUCGCAAACAGCCCUCAGAGUGCUGGCAGCUACAGACCCAGUGUGAGGCCUGCCAGGGAACCCUGCUCACAGAGUGCCCCAGUGUUCGGGAGCUGCACGUGGAGCUGGACGAGGUUUCCCAGCUGCUGGAUGUGUCCAAAGAGCAGUACGAUGAGAUCUUGUCUAUCGUUCAGCGCCACACCGAUGAAACAGUCAACUGGCUCAGCAACAUGGCGGCUGAGUUCAGUUGGGUGGGUCAGGCUGUGAGCGACAGCAGCACUCCUGAAAACAUCUUCCGCAUCACCAUGGUGGCGCCAAAGAACCACGAUGAACAGAACAUGUCUGAGACUGAGACCAAGGUGGAGGUGAACAUCCUGAACUCUCCCCCAUUUAUCCUCUCUAUUCCCAGGGAGCUGGAGCUGCAGGACCCAGCCUUCAUCCAGUAUGUAGCCCAAGAGGCUCUGAACAAGUACAAGGACAUGGUCAGGUUUGACGAAGAUGAGUAAAACUACUUUCCCUUCCUCCUUUUCGGAGCUUCUAUCAGCACCUUCUCUCUUAACAGAACUAGACUGUGUUCCCGUAUUGUAGCAUAAUCUUGAAAUGUAAAUACAUUAAAGUUGAACCAUGUCAAUAACUGCCAUUUAUUGAAUGUAAAAAAGAAGAAAUCUUCGUACCUGUUGCCAUUUGGUGUAACGAAAUA